UCAGCAGCAAUGGAAAUUGAGUUAGAAGUGUAUACACGGUUGUGCAACUAUGGAAUCCUUGAAUCAACAAUGAGUAAUAAGGUCUUCCAUGACACUAAGAAGGUGGUCCUUGAUAAACAGUCUACCUCUUUCUUUGAAAACGGAGUGGCCAUCGGUCGGUAUCUCCUUGUUAUCAAUAAAGUAAUGGAGAAUUUAUAAAGAGAGAGCCUGAAGUAAACGAAGAGAAUAUUGCAACAAUGAAGUCAGGAAUGAGUGCUUCAUCAAAAUUUUAUAACUGGAAAAUUCUUAUCAAAGAACUUGAGAACCUCGGUAUCGAAGUAGAUCAAGACACUAAGAGUUUGAUAAUAGCAGGGGAUUUAGAGUUCAUCAAUGAAGUUUUGACCCAAGUUUUUCACCAUGAACUUCAUAUGGCUGAUGAACCAACAAAGAUAAACAAAUAAGGGACCUAAGCCAUCUGACGGAGUUGACAUUCAAAACUUAGAUGUCGACAAGGAGUUAAUGCAGACUGAGAAUUGACUAGAGUUUAUCAUUAUAUCAUUAUGUAAAAGUUUCAAUCUUGAACCUUUGCAAGCUGCUGGAUUGCUGACAAAUGCUAACCAGUAUCUGAAUCAAGCAAUUAUACUCUAGGACUGAAAGACAUGUUUGAUAUGGUGAUCAAAUGGUAUGAAGAAUUAUACUCCAAUUCUAAGUACUUUUGCCAACUCAUUGAAGAGGAAAGUGGAAACUCAAAAGUUCUCCCAAUGAUGAUGAAUAUUAUCAAGCCAGGGCUUAUUUCUCAUAAUACAGAUGUUGCCUCCUGGGCUAGCAGAGUCAUGAGCAAGGCUGGCUAUGAAUUCUCCAAUCUUGAUUUAUCAUCAAAAGCAUGGGACUGGUUUGUUGAUGAGAAAAAUGGUUGCCUCAAAGUGUGUCUUGAAGCUGCCAAUAAACACCAAGAUUUGUUGGAAUCAAUUAUUCCAAUAUUUAUCCAAUUUGCUAGAUAUAAUUUUACUGAACUAUUUACGCAUUAUCUGAAAAGAGCUAUCCCUACUGACCAAGAGUACAUGAAUACCAUGAAUGAAUUCCUUGGCCCUUUGAGUGAGUCCAAGCAGUCAAGAGAAGAAAUCAUUGAAUCUGGAGUUCUAGACUUUUGGAUAAGCUUCACUCUUAAAUCUACUGAUAAGGAAAUAACAGUUCCCACUGAUCUCAGAAUGGCAGCAGUUAGUUUCAUCUCAGAAAUAUGGGCGAUAUAUUCUGUCCAAGUUGAAGAUAAUGAAGAAACAGCCAAAUCUGUGCUUAAUUUGCUAAAACGAUGAAACAGAGAUAAAUUUCGACCUUUGAGACUAGUCUCUCUUGCUCAAUGAUUUAGGUUGUUAGAUCAAUUUGCAGUGGAAAGAAAUCCAUAUGCUCCUGUUCUUUAUAAGCUAAUGAUCUUUUCAUUAAUUGGUAACCAUGAGGAUCUUAUCACAAGAGAAUACUCAAUGAAAUAAUAUGGUAUAUAUCAUUGAGAAACAGCCAACAAUCCCGAUAGGUACCUUAAUCGAACCUUUGGUGAAGCAGCUUCAUGCUGCUCAUUCCCAUACCUAUCUACCAAAUACUUUUGAUUUUGAAUUCUUCACUUCUCUAGCAAGACAUGGAAAGCUUGAACUAAAACAUGGAGUACUCCUACUUGAUUUACUUGCCAAAGCUUAUAUUAGCGAACCUGAAUGGGCUUCCUGCUGCCAAGUUCCUUUCUUACUUAUUACUUCAAGAUUUGUAGACAGACUUCCUAUUCGACAAUUUCUAAGACAAUUUCACAAAAUUGCCUUUGCAGAGCUUCCUAAACUUGAAAAAGAUGCAAAGCAGGAGCCCCCUGAACAAGCACAAGAGAGUGAUAUCUACAAUGAAAUGACAGGUCUCCCACGGUACGAUAAAAAUGUUCCCAACCAUGCUCUGAAGACCCUACCUCCAUUCCCUAAAGCCCCAGAGGACCAUCGGAUCCAAGACGCUAGUCGGAAAAUAAAGCGAGCUUACAUUAUCCAAAUAGCUUUGAAAAUACUGGAGCUCAGACACUACGGGAUCAGCGAAGACUUGAAACUUGAAGCUCUAGAAGCCAAUAGAGUAAACAUCAAACUAUAUAAGAAGAACCAUAAAGGUUUGAUGAAAAUUCUUGAAAAUUUUGGCAACCCCAAACAUAUCAUCGAGGAAUACAUGCACGAUAUAAAAAUUGAGAAAAGAGAACAAGAGACCAGACACAAAGCUGAGAGACAAAAAGACAAGGAAGAAGCAGUUUCAAGACGUAAAAGAACCAUUAAAAGCAGGAGAUAUGACUCGAGCUCUUCCUCUUCUAGUAAGAGUAGUCUUAACAAUCGAAUGAGAAAUGACGAGUCUUCUUCUGAUCUUUCUUUUGAGAAUGGCAAGAUUGUUCAACCCCCUGUAAUUCCAAAGAAGAGUAUGACAGAAAGUAAAAGUGAUUUCUCUCUAAUGAACAAAAUUUCGAAAGCUAAAAAAAAUCUUCCAUCUCACAGAAAGAUAGAGACUCGCCAGUCAAAAUCAGGGCAUAAAAAGAGGCAGAAUGGGUCAAUGCCUAGACAAGAAUUUCCCACAAACCCAAAGCCUGUGAAGGCAUUUGAAGCAUUUGAUCAACAAAUACCUUCGUCUUCCAGCAGUGAGAGAGGUUUAGAGUCAUCAUCAAGUUCUGAAAGGGGUUCUUUGUUCCCUCCGAUCAGUAGUAAGCACUCUCACCAGAAGCUGUACAGUGAUACUAAGAGUAAACUUUCUUCUCUGUCCCAUAUGAAGUCAUCAAGACUCGGUAAGAAAAGGCGAACUAGUGACAAAUAUGUAAACUCUGAUGGCACAAUGUCGAUUGGGGCUCUUAAAAGAAGGAGAAAAAUUCAUGUGAAAUCUCUUGCUAAACUUCCCAAGAACAAAGUCGAGCGUCGUGCAUUCAAAGAUCUAGAGAAAUUACGAAAGAAAAAGCGGAAGAAAGAAAAGAUUAAGGAAUAUGAACGCCAACAAAGACUCAUGAAGGAAGAACGAGAAAAAUAUGUUCUGAAGAACGAACUAGAAAGGAGGAAACUAGUCCUUGGAGUUCACUCUACCAAUGAAUACAUGGAUGACUUCAAGCAAAUCAUAUUUGAUCUUGGAGAUCCUGAAGUUGCCAGGUAUGAGAAAUGGCAGAAUAAGAUUAAAAAGGAUAUCGAGUUGUUUAACUUUGAUGAAGAGGAAUACAGAGACAAGCAAGGUAUUAUCCUAUUUGCUAAAAAGUAUUCAAAGCUAUUGAAGUUUCUGUUCAAUAAGUAUGCCAAUAGUGGUUACUCUAAUGCAGAUGUCUCUAACUUUGACAAGAUGGGGAAGAAAGCAGCGACUAUUAGUAUUGCAGAACUUCAAAAACUUCUCAAAGAGCAUGGGGUAAGCGAGAAAGAACUUACUAAGAAAGAAGUGAAGAAGUUAGUGAGCCUUGUGAGCACAAAGCUUAUGAGGAAGUCAUCAUUACAUUCUCUAAAUUAUGCUGGAUUUGAACAGUUUCUUCUCCAAGUAGCCCACUUAUUAUACACAAGAGAGCCUCAUGAUUUAUCUCAUCUUCCUCCUGUUGAGCAUUUGAGAAAUCUUAUUUCUAAAUUUAGAUAUGCAGCUAAAAGCAGAGGAGAAAGUACUCUUCUCUAUGAAGACCCUGAUAUCACUUUCAUCACGGAUAAAGACGUUCUUCGUGAACUAAACUUUAUGAUUCUUGAAAAUCCAAGCUACCCUCUUCCAGAUGGUUACUACAAAGUACAGGAGAAAGAAAUGAGAUUGUAUUAUGAGCUUCCUGAAUAUUACGAAAUCACAGAAUCUCAAAAAGUUUGUACAGAACUUCUCGACUCUUUCUUCGACCAAAUAUUCGGGUUUCAUUUCCUGGAGCCAAUUGCUAGGUUUGAAAAGAUUACUAAGGUAAAGCCUUCUUUCAAGAAAUUAUCAAAGCCAUUGCCUUCUACUGUUCGUAAUAAGAAAAAUCCCAAAAUUGAAGAAAUCAAUCCUCUGGAUAUGCAGAACAAGACUGCUCGCAAGAGGUCUAAAAGCCGCAAGAGAGAGCUUAAGCCUAAAUUAUCAACUAACAUGAAGUUGCUAGUGGCUCAAGCUCCCUUUGAAGAGCGUGCAUAUGUCAAUGAAGUAGCUGAAGUUCUAGAAGAGAUCCUCCAGGCUUCUGAAAACGGGUUUUCAAGGCUCCCUCCCAGAAACGAAACAAGGGUCGGUAAUAUCAUUAACAGAGUCAGACUUGAAGAAGAGAAGCGAAAAAUUGAAGAAAAAUAGGAUCAAAGAAGAAAGAGAUGUCAAAAUUAGAAAACACCAUAGCCAGCUUAGAAAGGAAAUGGAAAAACGACGCCAAGAGAAACUCAGAAGAGAUGAAGAAGCUAAUAAACUUCUAGCCCAGAAGAGGAAAAUUGAACUUGAAAAGCAGCGUAAAAAGGAAGAGGAAAGAAAGCGGUACCUUCAAACCCAGAAGGCUAAGAUCCAAAUGCAGAAACAGAAAGAACUUGAAGAGCUGAAAUUACAGACUGAGCAAACUGAGAAAAAGAAGAAAGCCCAGAAAGAGAAAAAUCUUAAAGAGAAUAAAGAAUUCCUUCAAAAACAGAAAGCCAAAUUCCGAUCUGAUUUCAAUGCUAAAAUCAAAGAGCGGAAAGAUCUAGCUAAUCUUGAAUCUGAACUUGAGUACCAAAAGGAAGUCAAGAAGAAGCAAAUCAUGGAUAACAUGGUCCGAUUCUUGGAAGAUCACAAAUAUGAUAAAGAAAAUGACCUUAAACAGAGAGAAGAGAUCAACUAUUUCCAUGAGCAAGCCUCUGAUGUGUUUGAAGAAUACGCUUCUGAUGUGAAGAAGGUGUUCAGACAUUAUUCCAAAGCUAAUGUCAAAACUAUUGACAAUAAGCUCUUAAACAAUGUGACAACUAUUGAUAAAGAAGAAUUUGUGAAAUUUGGAAAAGGAACUAAAAUAGUUCCAAACCUCUUAAACUAUGAAAUCCUUCUCCAUAUCUUCAAGAUCUUAUCAAAACAAAGAAUAGAAGCUGCAGGUCCUGAUGACGAGCUAGGCUUAGUUCUUGAUGAGUACUACUUUGAAAAAGCGCUCAUAAUGAUCGCUAUUGAAGCAAGGGACAUCUUAGGAGGUUCUCUAAAGCCUAAAGAGAAGGAUGACGAAGAGUAUAAGUCAAGAUAUCAAAUUGGGACUCGCAACAAGUCACGGGACAAAUCACAUGACAAUUCUUCCUCAAGAUCCCCUGAUGGAAAGAAGCCUAAGCCUAAAACUUUGGCAGGAAAGCGUAUAGCAGAGCUUGAGAAGAAGAAGCCUAAAUAUGAAACUGAGAUUAAAGAUAUUAAAAUCACCCAUAAGUUUGAUGUAUCUUCCAUCACUGUAGACACCUUGGAAUCACUAAUAACUUUUAUUCAAGAAGUCAAGAUUUAGUCUUGACAUGUCAAUGUAAAUUUCAACAGGG